GAAGGCAUGGCACUGAUGGUGCCAGGAAUGCACCUCCCUCCUCUUUGUGCACCUGCUUAUGUGAAUGGCCAGAUACUCCCAUCGGUCUCACUGUCAUCCCUCUCAAAUGAAGGCCUCAAUUGGACAUGCCUUGUGUUUUACGCUCAUGAUUUUGACCCUGUCAAUGGUGGUUCAGUUAUCAGCGAGUGUUAUCGCAGGCACCAAGCAUUUAGUAUUCUAGGCUGCUCCAUAGUUCUGUGUUCAACAGACUCGUGUUAUGCUCACCUAGCAUGGAUGAAGGCGCUGAAGGCAUUGGGGACAAUAGCAUCUGCAACCAUACCGAUGUUGGGAGACACGAGUCAUAUGGUGGCCAGGGCGUGUGGCAUGCUUGACACCUGCAAGGGCGUUGCCAGAACAGGACUUGUUCUGGUCGACCCUGCGCUCUCCGUGCACAAGGUGAUUGUUUCAAAAGAAGGAUUUCAUGCCGGCCUGGAUGCUGCCCUGCGACACCUCACUGCCAGUACCGGUCAUUGAUUGAGCUGUAUGCUCCCUUCUGCAGUCCAGCAUAUACGAAUUUAUUCUCGUAUACAAUUCCUGUCACAGAUUUAUUGGUACUAAGUUCUAUUGAAAACGCUUGAGAUUCAUAUAAGAAUUUGUGCUCGUAUACAAUUCCUGUCACAGAUUUAUUGGUACUAAGUUUUAUUGAAAACGCUUGAGAUUCAUAUCAGAAUUUGUGCUCGUAUACAACUCCUGUCACAGAUUUAUUGGUACUAAGUUUUAUUGAAAACGCUUGAGAUUCAUAUAAGAAUUUGUGCUCGUAUACAAUUCCUGUCA